UCCUCGCUUUACGGCUCUUUCGCCGCUGACGCGCGCCCUGCCCGCGGUGCUUUACGGCUGCAUUAGGGUUUUACGACCGCGGCGGGCAACGCUGUGCGGGGGUCAUGGCUGGAGACGAGCGGGACCUGCACGGGAGGGGUGAGGAGGAGGAGGAGGAGGAGGAGGAAGAAGAAGAGGAAGAAAAGGAGGAAGAAGAGGAAGAAAAGGAAGAAGAGGAUGGUCCCCAGGGCUCCCCCGCUGCCGAAACCCCCUCCGACCCCCCCUCAAAGCCGGUGGUACCGGGGGUCCUUUACUUGUCCUUCCUCCCCCCGGGCUUCGGCCCCCGCCAGGCCCGGGCGCUGCUGCGGCCGCACGGGGAGCUGGGCAGGGUCUUCCUGCAGCCCCGCGGUGAGGGUCUCACCCCCAUUUCUCGCUGCCCAGGAGGAUCCGUGCGACGGCGGAGGCAGCGCCCGGGAGGGCCCCCGGCCGUGGCGUUCGCCGAGGGCUGGGUGGAAUUUCGGGACAAACGCGCGGCCAAACGCGCGGCCAAAAUCCUGCACGGGGCCCCCAUGGCCCCCCGGCCCCGCAGCCCCUUCCGCCAUUACUGCUGGAGCAUCAAGUACCUGCCUGGCUUCCGGUGGCCUCACCUGAGCGAGAGGCUCAGCUACGAGCGUCAGGUGAGGGCACAGCGCCUCCGGGCUGAGGUGGCCCAGGCCAAACGUGAGGGGGUGUUCUACACCCACCGCAUCUCCAAAAGCACCAAAAACCCCCAAAAAACCUCCGGAGACCCCGCCGCCCCUCCCCCGACCUGGGGCUUCACACAGAGACAGACCGAGGAGGAAAUCUGGAGGCGCAAAGCUCGGCCCCCCCCGGCCGCGCCCCCCCAGCGACUGCUGGAGAAGGUGUUUGGGACAGGGAGGUGAGACCCUCCCCCCCUCAAAUUUUGGGGGGGGGGGGGGUCUCCGGUGUCUGGGAAGGUCCCUCCGCACUCCAGGAACCUCUCUGGAUACCGAUCCCCUUCUCAAGGACCACAAAGUGUUUUUAUUUUUUCUCCUUAAAACUUUUAUUACUCUUAACAAAAAUAAUUCCUCGCGGUCUCUUUAAAUUCUGCCGGGGGGCGGGGCCAAAGGAGGGGGCGGGGCUAUGGCUUCGGCGCAAAACUCCCUGAAGGCAAAGGGGUGGGCGUGGCUUAAGCGUAUCCGACCACGCCCUUUCUGCCAUAAAAGGGCGUGGUCAGAGGAAGCAAGAGCGGGUGAAACGCGCGCGUGGGCGGGGUCUGAGCAAAGGGGGCGGAGCUUGUCGAAGCCACGCCCCCGCCUUAAACAGGACAUGUAAAUCUCUAGAAGGUGGGGGAGGGCAGGGCUCUUAAAGGGGCCGCGCCCCCAUUCCGGGGGACGGUUCCAGUGUCAAAAAUAGAAGCUCUGGGGGUUGGGGGAGGGGCCCCAGUAUGGCACUGGGGAAACGGGAGAACGAACAAACUCGGGGCCCCAUAAACCUGAUGUCCCCAUAAACCUGGGGGAUGGGGGGCAAACCCCCCAAAAAAUGGGUGCUGGGGGCACCCCAAUAUCCCUGGGAAACCAAACGGGGGGAGUGGUACCAAACUGGGGACUUCCCCCCCGCAAAAUGCCACUGCUGGGGUCCCUCAGCCGCACGGUGGCACUGGGGGAGGGGCCAGCUGACACAGUGGGGGAGUCUGGGGUCCCCAAAAUCGGGGUGGCACCCUGGGGUCCCUCUGAAUCCCCACAGAGGGGUCCUGGAUCCCCCAAACUUGGGGGGGUGCCCCAGAAUCUCUCAGUGACUCUGGGGGUCCAGGGGUGCCAGUCCCCACUCUGGGGACCCCCCGGUGCCCCUCCCCCACCACACCCUCGGGCUCCAUCCCCAAAUCCACUCCCCGCCCCAA